AUGGGGCGGAUAUUAAUGCUCAGGGCGGCAUGUACCGAAACGCUCUCUAAACCGCUUCAUCAAAAGGCCACAGAGAAAUUGUGCAAAUUCUGGUCGAUAAAGGUGCGAACGUCAAUGCUGAAGGUGGCGGUUACGGCAACGCUCUCCAAGCCGCUUCAUCUGAAGGUCACAAAAAGAUUGUGCAAAUUCUGGUCGAUAAGGGCGCGGGUGUUAACGCACAAGUCGGCCAAUAUGGGAACGCCCUUCAAGCCGUCUCAUUUAGAGACUAUCUCAAAGAAGCAUAUGAACCUAUAG